UAGCCGUAGCGACUAAAUUCCUUUGUGCCUCUUCGAGAAGCGAAGAAAUGUGUUCUACGUUCAUAAUAGUUGUCGGGAUUUUGACAGCUGCGAUCAAUUUCUGUGAAGUGUGUAGUAUCUCUAUCAAAUGCCAGGUCAAAGAUGCAACUCGUGGCGUGGAGUGGGCUGCAGUACCCGGCGCAGAGUGCAUGUUAUUAUCUAAUGCUGGGAUCUUUCUUAGAACAGCAAAAAGUCUCACUAACUCUUAUGGUGUGGCUAUAAUUGAAGAUGUUCAGCCAGGAUACUAUCAAAUUCGAACGUCUCGAAUUGGUUACUAUACGUUAAACGAAGACCUUACGAUCGCAUCCCACAUUGAAAAACACGCCAUGAUUAACCAAGAUAUGGUGAUAUCUCCGCGUCUCUCCCUCCGGGGAAGCGAUGACAUGUACCGUAUUGUCCUCACUUGGGGGCGUGUCCCCAAGGAUUUAGAUUCUUACGUCAUUACCCCAUGGCCUCGAGAAUCGGAAUGCAAAUCUGGAAUGGUUUUCUUUGAUGGCCAAAGAUGUCAACAAGGCUCCCAGACAAUCGAUCUUGACGUGGAUGCUACAGACAUGUAUGGACCGGAGACCAUAACAAUGAGAGGGUUACAGUCUGAGACAUUUGCUUACUAUGUACAUAUUUAUUCUGUGGGUGUCUGCUGGGAUAAGAUAUCAGCCAAUGUCAAGAUAUACCAGGCUUCCACAGGUGGUCUGUUGUACAAUAUUCAACAACCGGAAUGCAGUGAAGAUAGAUUUGGAUACGACAGCACCAACUGUUCCCGUUACUGGCAUGUGUUUGAUUUUGAUGCCUCCACGGCUAAAUUCAAAAUUUACCAGAACAAGCUCAUGACCAAAGCACCUGUGCUCUCCGGGAAGAAUAAUGCCGAUCCCAACUGCACUUGCUUAGUGAAGAACGACAUCUCAAGCGUAGACGUCAUCAGUUCUGCGGAAAAGAUUUCUGUUACAGCGGAGAAUCUCAUGGUUGAUAUGUUGUGUGUCAACGAGAUGAAGAACAUUUACGAUAACUCAAUGAAGAAGAACAUAAGGUUGAAUCCUUCUGAUUUGGUGGACAAGUUAGCGAUGUUUAUCAGUGGCCAGAUUGAAAUGAAGAGGCGUCUCGGAAACAAACUUAAGAAUGUGAUUGAAAAGGAAUAUGAAGAAUACAAGAGCGCUAAAAGACCAAGGAUAACCAAUCUCAAAGAAAUUGCUCCUAAACAGUGCUGCCGCUACGAUGGAAAUACGAAAUACUCUACCAAGUUUCAGAGAUGGGUUGACCAUAACUCGAGCUGCUGGUCUUGGCCAAGCGAAAUAAAAGAGAUGCCUGAUGAACUUGUUUCGGCUUACGACUGGACUAUUCCGCUGGAGAAGGAAAUGAUGGAAAAUGUGCAUUCCAAGUCGCAGAAGAAUUUUAAUCCUCGCGGUCAACACAAGUGGCAAUAUUUCGCUGACGAUGCAACGGGAUUUUUCCGUAAAUUUCCCGCUGCGUUAGUCAGCUCGUCCAAGUGUGGGACCAGAGACGAGCGGCUUCAACCAUGGUACAUUGCGGCUAUUCUACGACCAAAGAAUGUUGUCAUACUGUUUGAUAUCAGCUAUUCCAUGAAAGAAGAAAACAAAAUCAUAUUCGCCAGGACCGCCAUUACGCCGAUGCUAAAGGGGUUGCUGCCGACAGAUUUUGUAAAUGUGAUCGCCUUUGCGGAGUCAGCGCUUCUCCCGGGUAUGACGCACAGCGGAGAUUCAGACAAUACAUACAACAGCUGUUUUAACACUCAGCUCGUGCAAGCCAAUGGCCAAAAUCUUCUGGACUUGAAAAGAUUUGUUGAGGAUGUUCCUCUUGCCUCCACCAUGACGUCUAAUUAUUACAAUGCGAUUUCAAUGGCCUUAAAACUGCUCACGAACAUGAAGAACAACCGCAACACUCACUUGAUUUUUCUAGCCGGAAGUACAGACGUUUCUACAGAAGACAUCAGUGCCCUUCUUUCGGAGAGUAACACGACAAUUAGUGUUUACACUUACAGUUUACUAGGCGGAACAUCAAGUAACAUCUCGGCGAUGGACGAACACUCUGUAAACAGACUUAAGCAAAUGGCCCGAACAACUAAUGGAAAAUAUGAAAGUAUCACAGAUUAUCGAAAGCUGGCCUUCUCUAUGGGUCGCUUUUACAGGAAUAUUCCCAGCAGUAAGAAAAGCGACGAAGGACCGAGACUGUCGUCUCCUCAGUUUGCUGAGAGAUUAGGAAUGUACGUGACACUUGGAGUUCCGUGUUACAGCAAGGACGAGUCUUUAAUUGGUGUUGUGGGAAUCGACAUAGCUUUGAGUGAGCUCCUUCAAAACACUGUGUCGUUUGGUCCCGGUGAAUUGUCGUACACCUUCGUUAUCGAAACCGAGAAUGGCCGAGCUCUGGUUCAUCCCCAACUUCCCGAACCUGAGGAAAUUCAGGAAGAGCCGGUGGUGAUAAUUAUCAGUGACCUGGAAACUAGUCCUGGCUUUUCCGAAAUCCUUGCUUCCAUGAUGAGGAGAGAAACCGGCAGCAAGACUUUAAGAUCUGAGAGGGUGUUAUCGCGGGGAGACCCGAAUUUUAAUGGUUACCGUGGUGUGACGGCUAAUUUCACUUAUUCGUGGAAACCUGUCAACAACACAAACUUUGCUGUGUGCAUAGUUGUAGCGUCAAGCGAAUUGGACACAAAGGAAAUAGUCAGUCACAAACCGUACUCUCAGCCUGAUCUCUAUCACCGCUAUGAUUUGGUGAAAUACUUGGAUGUUGGCUCGAUUAUCGAGGACAAACCAAUCGCUUUUCUGAGCAACACGUCUUUUCCUGCGACGCUUUCUCGCUCAAAUUAUUUUCUCAGUUCCAGUUGUUUUAAUGAUCCAUACAUGUUUGAGAACAUGCCGGAAACCCUUGAGUUUGUGAAGCACCUGUCUGAUUACGUGGAUGGAGUUGUUGAUACAUCUCCAAUACCAUCACUAAAGAAAGGUGUUUUAGUGGACAUACGACUCACUAGAGAGAUAGAGAAGUGCUGGAACCGUAACCCUAUGCAUGUCCUCGGUAGCAGCGCAGCAUGGCGGUACAUUGCCACCAAUUCUGGGGCGAUGAGGCAGUAUCCGGGCAGGCAAACCUACAAUAACAGAUAUGACCCUACCACUCGUCCUUGGUACUACGCGGCCAAGUCGUACCCAGGAAAAGUAACUUUCUCAGUUCCUUAUUUGGACAAUGGAGGGGCUGGAGUGGUGGUUACAACAAGUCAAACAAUCAGCAGUGAUUCAAUGGUCAGGGCCGUAAUGGGUAUUGAUUUUAAAAUGAUCAAGAUUCAUCAAAUAGUCACCGAUAGUGGACCUAUAUGCAAAAAGAAUUCUGCUUCAUGUAUGCUAAUUGAUCCAAAUGGCUAUGUGGUUUACAGUAAACAGUUUAUGUCCAGUCCCAGAGCUGCUAAAGAACGCGUCCAUCUCGCCUUCAAACAUCCAGAACUGCUGUUAGACAUAAAGAAGAAAGGAAUAAUAUCCACAAGUUUAGCUUGUAAUGACUUGGAGCUUGGCCAAACUUACACCAACUACAAGAUAACUGACACACUUCCUGCUGGUAUUGUCCGAGGAAACUUGACAUGUGGUUAUUACAUCAUGGUAGCCGUACCGAACACAAAUGUGUACCUCGUUGUCCUUGAUGGGGGAGACUGCCCGGACCCCGCUAUUAAAUGCACCUCGUGUUCAAAGAAGUCGUGUGCGGAUGGUAUCACUAAAGAUAUUUCCCUGUCGGCGCCAAUCUGCGUGCCUUGUCUGUGCAAUGUACCUUACAGUCCAUGUGCCCUGCACUAUUAUAAGAGUCCAAAUGCUGCAGUGGCUUGUCCUUCAAUUCGUCGAAGCCUGGGGACGACAAAAAGCGCUUGCAAGAAGCCUGAUACCGACUCCGUCUUCGUUCGCGUUCCAACACGUGACCCAAGCCUCCGUUCAACCCAGUCUCCGCACCCGAAGAACCCAUCGGGGUCUGGUAACAAGUUGAACUUUUUGUCGGUGUAUCUACGGCUUAUGUCGUUUCUUUGGCCAUUUUUCCUGCGUUGAUUAGCCAUCUUCCCCAUCCCCGAUUGUAGAAUUUAGAAACGUAGAAACUGGGGAGAAGUCUUCUAUUGCUAAAUUGUAAAUAUUUAACACAGCAUCAAUGUGUUACAGCUUAUUUAGAUAAACGUUUUUAGUUACAACAGAACUUUGAUGUGUCGUUGCAGAAAUUGUUAGGAUACAGUUUAAGGUCGCCUCGAACGCUGCUGAACAUGCUUAGAUUAAAAUGCUGAGAUUAAAGUGUGGAUUCAUUGGCCAACAAUUGCUAUCAAAUUCUUGCGCAGAUCUUUGGCAAAACGUGAGUGUCACAAAAUACAGACGGCUUCGUAAGCCGUAUUUUCUAGUUAAACGCUCAUAGUGUCGAAGACAAUUUUAGUUUGCUAUGCCCAGUUGUAUUUACUGAUUUAAAAAAAUACUUCUAUGGUCGAGACUCGCUAUCUUGUCGAAGAUAUAUUAGGUGAAUUUUUCUUUAGCUCAUUUUGUCACGAUCUUCAAAAUUUGACGGUGUAUUUUCUGUAAAUA